AUGGGGAAACACAUUGCUGGUCGUGAUUGGAAGCAAUCGAAAAACAAUUACCGCUCUCAACUCAUUUUUCUUAGCAAUUUAUCAGGUUGUCUGCAGUGCCCACAUCUGACAUCGUAUGAAAAGCCGGAGACACCUCAAAAAUUCAGUGUAGUAGCGGUUAGCUGUCAAUAUGAAGCGAUCUUCACCAAGUAUAACGUCGUUAUUUGCGGACAUGUAGCCACCGACAGCUAUCCGUAUGUUGUUUCUCUAAUGACGGACACCAUUUUCGGUCGCUACCACAGUUGCGGCGGCUCCAUCAUCAAUAGGCGUACAGUGAUUACUGCAGCACACUGCUUAGCUUCGACUUCUGCAACGGUGUUAAAAGUACACGUGGGAGAAAAGACGAGGAACGUUGUAGAUGGACUGAUUUUCGACGUCCUAAACACGCAUUAUCAUCAGCAGUGGACAGCGGAAACACAAGACUAUGAUGUAGGACUUGUGAGAAUCGAGGGCUGGUUCACAUAUUCUCCAUCAGUUCAACCCAUCAAAUUGGCAAGUUCAAAAACCAAAAUCAAGGACGGCCACUAUGCGACUGUAUUGGGAUGGGGCUACACCAGCGACUGGGGCCCACCCGCUGAGCAAUUGAGAAUGGCUCAAGUACCCAUAGUUAAACAGUCGACGUGUAACCGACAAAUGGGAGGCCUAAUAACUAAACGAAUGAUAUGUGCAGGCUUCAAGAACGGCGGUGUGGAUGCUUGUCAAAUGGACUCUGGCGGUCCUUUAGUGUACCAGAGCAACCUUAUAGGCAUUGUGUCUUGGGGAGUUGGAUGUGCCCAGCGUAAAAAGCCAGGCGUAUACGCCCGCGUCACGGAACUUUUGCCCUGGAUAAAGCAAACUUUGCAAAAUGAAUACAACGAAUUAUUGUAA